CGUCGUUGACAACAACAUGGCUGAAGUUACAGAACAACCUGCUGCACCACCAAGUGAAUCCAAUUUAUCAGUAGCCCCAGCGGAAGGAACAGAGCUAAAACAAGAAAAUCCACAUGCUGAACAUGGAUUAACAGAUAAUGUGCAAAAGAUUAUUGCAUAUGAGAAAGCAGAAGCAGAAAAAACUACAAGACCCAAGGUUGAUCUUCAGUCUUUACCCACAAGGGCUUACUUAGAUCAAACUGUGGUACCUAUUUUACUUCAAGCAAUGUCAACACUAGCCAGAGAAAGACCCCCAAAUCCUGUUGAGUUUUUGGCAGCAUAUCUCCUGAAAAACAAAGAUCAGUUUGAAAACAAGAAUUAGUAGCCAGCAUGUUGCAGUAACUGUCACCACUUUGCCACAAAUCAUACAUAAUGUAAAUAUACCUACAUGUUAUUUUAGCUAAUUUGGAUCAGUGCCUGAAGUGCCAAUAAUCUCAUUGUAAGAACUGACUUUUUGUUUUUGCUUAAAUCCGUUACAUCUUAAAUUAGGAAGAAUACAAGUACCCAGACCUAAAUCAGCAAAAAUAACAGCAAGCUGUAUAAUAUUUACAGUAUGGGGCCACCCAGCCUGGCCACAAAGCACACAUCAUUAAAUAUACAUAAAUAACUGUAGUGUACAUUUCAAUGACAUAAACAGAUGGAAACUUUUUUUUCAUAUUUAUAUACUAUUUAGAUUAGUUGUCAUAUUUGUGAAAUAUGAUGAGAUUUUACUGAGACUUUAAAACCAAUGAUAUAAAUUAUAUAUUUAUAUACAUUGGUGUAUUUUUUUGUAAAUGUGCUUUUGUUGUGAGUCUAGUGUAUUGACAGUCAAGCUUCUUUUCAUACAUCAUAGUUUCUAGAAUAAAACAUUUUAUUAUCCAGUAAA